AUGGUUCGCGUGUCACUUUUUGCUGCUGCUUUUGCGGCCUGCGCUUCGUUUCACGGCGCCACGGCCGUUGAGACGGCCGCCACGACUUCAGCCGUUGUCGCUAGCCUACCCGGCUCCGAGAAGGUUGCCUGCUCGGUGCUGAGCAAGAAGUACCCCGCGCAAACAUUCUUCAACGAGUCUGCUGGAUAUACCUACGAGACACGGACGCAGUAUUGGUCGGCCACGGCCUACAACAGCCCGGCAUGCGUGUUUGUUCCUCAGAAUGCACAGCAGAUCUCCUUCGCCGUCACGACUCUGACGCUGAGCUUGACCAAAUUCGCAGUCCGCAGCGGCGGACACAUGCCGGUUGUGAGCUACAACAGCAUUGGCUCCUCCGGCGUUCUGCUGUCGACCUCGAACCUCACUACGCUCGCCGUGUCUGAUGACAAGACGACCGUUUCCGUGGGCGCCGGACACAGGUGGAGGGACGUGUACUCAUACCUCCAGCCCUACGGCCUGGCCGUGGUCGGGGGUCGCAUCGGCAGCGUCGGCGUCUCGGGUCUGCUUCUCGGCGGCGGAAUAUCUUUCUACUCGAACCAGUACGGCUUCGCGGCCGACAACGUGGUGCGCUACCAGGCCGUCUUGGCCAGCGGUCUCGUCGUCGAAGCCACGGCGACCAACGCGUACUCGGACCUGUACUGGGCCCUCAAGGGCGGCGGCAACUCCUUCGCCAUCGUCACUCGCUUCGACCUCAAGACCGUCACGUCGCCCAAGGUCUGGGUCGGCAUCUCGCAGUACGCUCAGAGCGACAGCGCAAAGUACCUCGAUGCCGUGUACAACUUUGGCAAGUAUGGGUCCGCUGACGGCAAGGCGGCCAUCAUCCCGACGAUCCUGACCUAUCCAUCGUACAACAUCACCGCCUACGCCGCGGCGAGAUUCUACGACUCUGAGACUGAGCCUGCGACGGCGUUUGAGAACUUCACUUCGCCCGUCCUUGCGCCCGUAGCGGACUCGUAUGCCUUGCAGCCGCUCGCGGAGUAUGUCAGCGCGGUUGAUGCCCUCCAGCCCACUGGCCUUCGCCAAAAGUUCCGCGUUUUAUCGCUGGUCGUCAACCGCGAGGCCGUUGACCUCGUCCAUGACUCUUUCAUCGCGGCCGCCACAUCCAAGCUCUCGUCCAUAGUUGGCCUGUCAGCGUCAAUCACCUUCCAGCCCAUCACCAAGGAGUUCAUCGAGCAGGGCAUCAGCCGCGGCGGGCCCAAUCCGCAGGGCGUGGACCCUGCCAAGGCGCCGUACUUCUGGGUCGUCGAGAACCUGUCCUGGCAAGAUGCCAAGGACGACGCGGCAGCGCGCGGUUUCGCGGAGGCUGUCACUGCUGAUAUUGAAGCUGCUCUCGAGGCCAAGGGCGUGGCUGGCGGAUAUCUGUACCUGAAUGACGCGGGCAAGGGCCAGCGAAUCUUCCAGACUUAUCCGGCUGCGAAUCUUGCGAGACUCAAAGCUGUUCGAACAAAGUACGACCCACUAAGGAUCUACACUAAUCUCCUUGUCGGCGGCUGGAAGGUCCUGGAUGCUUGA